CUUAUUCCCCUCAUCCCCGCUCCCUCCUCUCCUUUCUCCUCCCCUCUCCUCUGUCUCUCGUCUCUCUCUCUCUCCUCACUGCUGGCUGCUCACACCAGACAGCUCACAGCCAAAGAGCUCCUCUGUCCCUCUCCCAACUCGCCGCGCUCUAAACCAGAGCUUUCCCCUGAAAAAAGAGGAAAACAAACUAUAUUUAGACCACCACUGAGACCUUACUCCAAGGGAAGUUAUUGCUCAAGUCUAAAAGCGUGUGGGCUCUGAACCAAAAGAGAGGUGCGACAGAGAGAAAGAGGUUCAGUGGGGUUCACGCUCCUGCAGCAGCCAUGACUCAGAGCAACGGGGAGAACCCGCAGACGACCCGGAGCGGCCUCCAUCGGAUCCGGGAUGGGAUCCAGUCCCGGUCUCUGGUGGCCAGGAAGAGAGUGGAGAACAUCAGGAAAGAUGAUGUGAAGGGGUUCUUCAUCAGAAAUGCCUUUGUGUUGUUAACGGUUGCAGCUGUCAUUAUUGGUAUAAUCCUGGGAUUCGCGCUGCGUCCUUAUAAAAUGACUUACCGCGAAGUCAAGUUCUUCUCUUUUCCUGGAGAGCUGCUGAUGAGAAUGCUUCAGAUGCUGGUGCUGCCCCUGCUGGUUUCCAGUCUCAUUUCUGGUAUGGCUGCUCUGGACGGCCGUGCUUCAGGUAAAAUGGGCAUGAGGGCGGUGGUCUACUACACCACCACCACUGUCAUUGCUGUGUUCAUUGGUAUCGUCAUGGUGCUCAUCAUCCACCCUGGAAAAGGAUCCAGGGAUGAGUUCGCCAAGCCGCCGCAGAUAGAGCAGAUCAGCCCGGCUGAUUCCUUCCUGGAUCUUAUGAGGAACAUGUUUCCUCCAAACAUCGUGGAAGCUUGCACCAAACAGUUCAAGACGAAGUAUGCCAAGAGAGUGGUCCAUGUGAAGAUGACGGUGAAUGACACUUUAUUCACACUCAACGGCAGCCAGGAGAUCAGCCGGGAGGAGAUGAUCCCGGUGCCGGGGUCGGUAAACGGAGUCAACGCCCUCGGCCUGGUGGUGUUCUCCAUCGGCUUCGGCCUGAUCAUCAGCAGCAUGAAGGAAAAGGGACAGCCCCUGAAGGACUUCUUCGACUGCCUCAACGAAGCCAUCAUGAGGCUGGUUGCCAUUAUCAUGUGGUAUGCCCCCAUCGGUAUCUUGUUCCUGAUUGCCGGUAAAAUCGUGGAGAUGGAUGACAUUACAACCAUGGGUGGCCAGCUGGGGAUGUACACAGUGACGGUCAUCAGUGGACUGGCCAUCCACUCCAUCCUGGUCCUGCCAACGCUCUACUUCGUCAUCACCAGGAAAAACCCCUUCGUUUUCAUCGCAGGGCUGCUGCAGGCGCUCAUCACCGCCCUGGGAACAUCCUCAAGCUCAGCCACUCUGCCCAUCACCUUUAAAUGCUUGGAGGAAAACAACAAAGUGGACAAGCGUGUGACCCGCUUCGUGCUCCCUGUCGGCGCCACCAUAAACAUGGACGGCACAGCUCUGUAUGAAGCCCUGGCUGCCAUCUUCAUCGCCCAGGUCAACGACUAUGACCUGAACUUUGGACAGAUUCUCACCAUCAGCAUCACUGCCACGGCAGCCAGUAUUGGAGCAGCUGGAAUCCCUCAGGCAGGACUGGUUACUAUGGUGAUAGUGCUCACAUCGGUAGGCCUGCCCACCGAUGACAUCUCGCUCAUCAUUGCCGUUGAUUGGUUCCUGGACCGAUUGCGCACCACCACCAACGUCCUCGGAGACUCAAUCGGCGCUGGCAUAGUGGAACACCUUUCUCGCCACGAGCUGCAGAACAAGGACCCCGAGGUUGGCAACUCGGUGGUGGAGGAGGCCGACAAGAAGCCGUACAAGCUCAUCAGCCAGGAGAACGAGUACGAGAACGAGAGGGCGGCCGACAGCGAGACAAAGAUGUAGGGGCGAGCUUUUCGUCCCGGGCUACCUCUUUUGUUAUGAAACCAUUCUCCUGCAUUGAACCUCCACUAAUCUCUUCUUUAUUGCAAACCUUCCUCGCACAUGAUUGGAGGGUUCAGAUUAAACUCGAUGUACAGCUAGGAUAUAAUUCCGCCAAGUGAGCUCCACUAAUGUGGGGGGAUCCUUCCGGUCACACUAUAGGAUCUGUGCUAUGAUGCUUCCUAAGAGUACCGCACGUGUCAGCCAUGGGGUGACAGCUGCUUACUAUUAAACAUGAACUUCACUCGAGCCUGGUGGUCUGUGGCCUGCAUGUCAUAUCCAACUUCUCUCAGAACUGUGAUGACUAAUCUCUCCCACUAGAGUUCAGUGUUGCUGUGAGUCUUAUCACAACAGUCGAUCACAGCCCAUACUUGACCUUUAUGGAAACUUUUAUUCUGGCUUUACAGGUGCUGCUUUUAGGGUUGUGUGAGAAUGUAAUUGAAGGAUAUAAAAAUCAUUCUGUUGAGUGUUGAAUAUCAUGCACAUACACUGCAGUGAGCAGGCCAAGCUCUUCAGGGGGGAAAGGACUGUGUAUCUACAAACUUCUUUACAGUUGUCAGUGGCUUUAUUUCUUAUUCUUUGGAGUAAAAACUUUAUUUUCCUAACUUAUACUUAUCAAACAAAUGACUACAAUCAUUACAACUUAUGAACCAAAAUGUCUUAACUUUGUCAAAUUGUGUGAAUUUGCUCAGUUGAGAAUUUAAACUGUCAUCAAAUCAGAUUUGUAAACCUUUAUACUUCAACCAAAAAAACAACCAAAAAUAUUAUCCAAAUUUUUCAAUCUUUUAACUAAAUCAUACCCAAACAGAAAACCUCUACAACAAUGGUGUACUCUUUCAAUGGAAAGACGGUAAUGAUUGUGUGUCUGGUCACUUCUCAUUAUGAUUGUGGAUCAAUUAUUUUAUAGACCCUCUAACGCGGAUAGAUGACUAACAAUCAUUUAGCUGAAACAUUCACGUGUCUCUAUGAAAUAUUAGCUUUUUAUUAAAUAUGAAAAAUGGUAGUCAAUAGCUUGAAUGUAGAUUUUUCAAAUGUUGUUUGAUUAUAUGAAAAUCUUCACUAUUCUAAAUUCAGCUUCCCGUAGUAUAACAAUCUAACCCUUAUCUUGAUUGAUAUAACAUGGAUUUUCAUUUCUCCCCCCCCCUUUUUUUAGCUUCAAUUUAUAUGUGCUGUUUUGUAAUUGAUAAAAUUCAAAUGUAACAUUUACAUAGACGUUAUAGGAGGAUGCUUCUGAAUAUACUGUACUUGUAUAGAGAAAUGUAGAUAAAAGUGUACAUUAAUUGUAGAUUUCAAUUGUAAAAGGUUACCCGAGGAUUGCACAUGUAAAGAUGCUGUAACUAUGUUCAUAUAAAACCUGAUGACCAAACUAACAAUACAGCUCUAGUUCCUUUUAUAUAUUCACAACUGGAAGAUAUAACGGACCAAAUGUUUUCUCCUACACACUUGAGGAAAUUGAAUAGUUAUUUUGUUUACAAAUGCUGUUGUCUUCUCUUGAUAUGGCUGUUUCUCUCACACAAACACACAAACAAGUGAGGUAUAGAUGUAGUUGUAUUUUUCAUGUGGUUUUUUUUUCAAUAAAAAACUGAAAUCA